CUGCGGUUGAGCAGGAGACGCGAGGAAACCCUACUGCAUACGGACCGUCCACUGAGUGAAUUAUUCUCUCCACUCGCAAAGCACCAUGUUUUACUUUCACUGUCCUCCACAGUUAGAAGGAGAGUGCUGCAGGACCAACACAUUGAACACAAAUGGGUUCGGGAAUCACGCCUCUGGAGACUUUGAUGACGGUUUUCUGCGCAGAAAACAACGAAGAAACAGGACGACUUUCACCUUACAACAGUUGGAGGCUUUGGAGGCGGUUUUUGCACAGACGCACUAUCCAGACGUGUUCACGAGGGAAGAGUUGGCUAUGAAAAUCAACCUGACAGAGGCUCGCGUCCAGGUUUGGUUUCAAAACCGAAGAGCAAAGUGGAGGAAAACAGAAAGAGGAACUUCGGAGCAGGAUGGAGGCAAAGAACAAAUGAAUGAAGGCAAUCCUCCUGCACGAAACCUCAACCAGUCUCCUGUUGACCACAGCAGAAACAAGAAAGAACCAAUGGAGCUCCAGCAGAACAUUAACAGAGUGGUGGGUUCAGGAGGACCUUUUUUCCCAUCCUGUCUGCCUGGGACUCUGCUCAACACAGCCACUUACGCACAAGCUUUAUCACAAGUGGCAACUUUAAAAGGAAGUCCGCUGUGUUCCUGUUGUGUGCCUGACCCAAUGGGCCUGUCCUUCCUGCCACCAUACGGGUGUCAGAGUAACCGGACCGCCAGCGUGGCUGCCCUGCGGAUGAAGGCCAGAGAGCAUUCAGAGGCCGUGCUCCAGUCUGCCAACCUGCUGGGCACAGGGUCUACAACCGGGCCCGCAGCGGGGCCAGCGCUCGCCCUCAGCCAAAACACUGGAGGAGACUCCAGUCCAAACUCCAGUACCUCUAAGAUCACAUCACUACGGAGAACUCCAGACAAGCAUCUGCACUGCCAAAAGGAGGGUCCGGAUAAGAAAUGAGGGAUUCUAGGUCGAUUGGUUUUGAUUUUUCCUAAUUGGAGGACAGUCUUUGGAUGAAGGAUUUAUAAUCAAGCAUUGAAUGCCUGCUGCCUUUUUUAUUUUAUUUAUUUUUUAUUUUUGAGUGCACUAACACACCCAGGCCUGGACUGGUGUAAAGUGCAAUCCCUUCUUGUGUAUUUUGUGCGUAUGUAUGUGUCAGACUACUAAUUCCUUAGUCAUUUUUCCUCUCCUCGUUCACUUUUACUCCUGAUUCUUUGCUUUGGUUUGGGUGCACAUGGGCGCCCCAAUGCUGUAAUACCAUUUUCCUGGUGGAAUGAUGAAUGAUUUAUGGUUAAAAAAAAAGAAAUCUCCCUGGUUGCCAAUGUGAACUUACUUAAUUUUUCACAAUCCACUUUGAUGUUUGACUUGUGUACUGUGAAGUCAGGUGAUGAUAGACAUUCUGCAUUUUGUCAAGAUAUAUGCCAUGCCGAAAUAUAAAUGUACUAAUGUGAAAUAAUAUAUGUAAGAUAAUAUCAAGGACAGAACUGUAUAUUAAGUGGUUUGUCAUGUUUUAUGAUAUGAUGCGGGUUAACUCCUAUUUAUUCAUGCUGAUGGGAUGACAACUGUCAUCACAUCUGUCCGUCUGCGAUCGGUCGCACGAGUCCACACACUGGUUCUGUUUUGACAUGUUCUAUAAAACAAUUAAACAUGUAGGCAAUCAUGUACAUCUCCUGUUGCCUAUUGCUCACACCA